AUGACCAACGGCUCCAACGGUACAUCGUCGUUUGACAAAAGCAGGCAUCAUGGUCAUGAGGAGAGGACCAUGUCCCACCCCCAGUCUACGUCGCCCAUCGCCGUCGUGGGCAUGGCCUGCAGAUUCCCCGGCGGCGUCACGAGUCCGGAGGGGCUCUGGGACCUCUGUGCCAGCGGUCGAGACGCCUGGUCCCCCAUACCCGAGUCGCGGUUCGACGUGAAAUCAUACUACGACCCGAAUCCUGCAAAGAGUGGUAGAAAUCAUGCCACCGGGGGUUAUUUCUUACACGAAGACGUGGCUCUGUUUGAUGCCGCAUUCUUUCGAUUCACGUCCGAAGUAGCCAGUGCAGCGGAUCCUCAGCUUCGGCUGCUAUUGGAGGUGACGUACGAAGCAACGGAGGACGCCGGUCUACCCAUGGAAAAGCUCGCGGGGCCGGGCCCCAACACGUCGGUAUUCGUCGGUUGCUACACCAAGGAUUACCACGACGUUCAGACGCGCGAUCCCGAGACGAUGCCGCCGUCCACGCUGACCGGAAAUUACACGGCCAUGUUCUCCAACAGGGUCUCCCACUUCUACGAUUUCCAGGGAGCCAGCAUGUCCAUCGACACCGGUUGCUCGGCCGCCCUCGCCGCCUUGCACCAGGCAUGCCAGACCAUCCGGUCGGGAGAGUCCCACGUUUCCAUCGUCGGAGCUUCGAAUACGAUCUUGAAUCCAGACAUCUACAUCGCCAUGUCCACUCUUGGCAUGGUGGGCGCAGAUGGACGUUGUUAUGCGUGGGAUGCGCGGGCGCAGGGCUACGGUCGUGGAGAAGGGGUGGCCGUGCUUGUGCUAAAGUCCCUCGAUGCGGCCGUGCGAGACGGCGACCGGGUGCAUGCCGUGAUACGGGAGACGGGACUGAACCAGGACGGUCGAACAACCAGCAUCACCUCUCCCUCCGUGGACGCGCAGAUCCGGCUGAUACGACAUUGCUACCAACGAGCGGGUCUCGAUCUUUCUGACACGGGGUACGUGGAGGCGCACAUGACCGGGACGCAGGCGGGGGAUGUUACCGAGGCCGAAUCACUUGCCCGGACGUUCGGUGCAAGCCGCACACAAGAUGACCCCGUCUGGGUCGGCUCGGUCAAGACCAAUGUCGGGCAUACCGAGGCCGUCAGCGGAUUGGCUGGCAUUAUCAAGACUGCGAUGGCCAUGAAGUACCGAGCCAUUCCGCCGAAUCAGAACUACGUCGUGGGAAACGACAAGAUUCCCCUUGACGACUGGCACUUGCGAGUGCCGACCAAUGUGGUGCCCUGGCCACGCAACAAACCCUUGCGCGCGUCCAUCAACAACUUUGGCUACGGAGGGACAAACGCACACGUCAUCCUCGAAGGUGCGCCUGAAACGCGGCUCGCAAAUGGCAACGGUCGCAGGACAACGACAGCGGACGACGGUGAUGUGUCUCGACUGUAUGUGCUCAGCGCCCAGGACGCCGACACGACCCGCGCCAUGGCCGGAAACCUGGCUGCUUGCAUCCGGAAGAGCAUAGAGGGCGAGAUGGAUCUGCAGCCUGCCGACAUGGCCUUCACGCUCAGUCACCGUCGAUCGCGCCUCUCCUAUAUCACUACAGUGCGUGCUAGCAACUUGGCCGAGUUAGCCGACAAUCUGGACAAGACGGCGGCUCUCAAGGUAGGACACGCGCCCGCAAAUAAACGGGCGCCGCGACUCGGCUUUGUGUUCAACGGUCAAGGCGCGCAAUGGCAUGCCAUGGGCCGAGAAUUGCUGUACGCAUACCCCAUAUUCGCAGAGGCGAUCGACGAGGCCGACCGGGUCCUGCGGGAGAUGUACGGCGCUGACUGGUCGUUACGCGAGGAACUGACGCGCGAUGCCAAGUCCAGUCGCGUCUCGGAGAUUCACCUGGGCCAGCCCAUCACCGUGGCGCUGCAAGUGUGCCUGGUGGUGCUGCUCCGCUCAUGGGGCAUCCGUCCAUCGGCCGUCACGAGCCAUUCCAGCGGCGAAAUUGCGGCCGCAUAUGCCGCUGGGGCGCUCUCGUUCGAGCAGGCGCUCGGCGUGACAUACUGGCGUGGCGAGCUUGCGCGCACUCUGCUGGACCCGAAAACCUCGGGCGUCGUUGGUGGCAUGGCUGCGGCCGGUGUGGGACCCUACGAGGCGGAAAGAUACCUAAGGGAAACGACUUCUGACGGCCGCGUCGUGGUGGCGUGUGUCAACAGUCCCGAGAGCGUCACUCUUUCGGGUGACAUGGAUGAUCUGGACGAGGUUGUGAGGCGUCUCGAGGCCGACGGCAAAUUCGCUCGCAAGCUCAGGGUCGCGCUGGCAUAUCACUCACCCCAUAUGCGGCGCAUGGAGUCUGCCUACCUGGAGAAGCUGCGGGACUUCGUACCAUCGAGCCCGACUUGGUCCGGUGACGUUAGGUACACGUCCCCUGUCACGGGGGGCGUCGUCGUCACGUUCGCCCAAUCGCUGUCAGCAGAGCACUAUGUGCGGAACCUGACGAGCCCGGUUCUCUUUAGCCAGGCAUUUGAGGCCAUGUGCUUCGGUGAGACCGACGAAAGCUCCGCCCAAGUAGACGCCAUUGUUGAAAUAGGACCGCAUGGCGCUCUGGCGGGUCCCAUGAGACAGAUCUUGCGAGGCCGCAAGAUGGCUUACAUGUCCUGUCUUCAGCGAAAUGUGAAUGCCGUGGAGACCAUGCAAGAUGUGGCCGGAGAACUCGUCCGUCUCGGAUAUGCCGUAUCUUUAUCGGCCAUCAACAAAUACUCAGAGGCAAACGGUGAGGAGGCCGUGACCACCUCCACGAACAUGAUGAAAUUUGUGCCCGGCCUGCCGACUUAUCCGUGGAAUCACUCGAGUCGCUACUGGAUCGAAUCGCGGGUCAAUAAGGACAUCCGCCACAAGAGAUUUCCACCUCACGAGCUCCUUGGUAUGCCUGUUUCGGGCGCAACGACACCGGCAUGGCGAAACUUUAUACGUCUCGUCGACCUUCCUUGGAUCGGCGACCAUCGUGUCGAUGGCAUGGUUGUACUUCCUGGCGCGGCCUACGUAUCCAUGGCCAUCGAGGCCGUUCGUCUCGUCACGGAUCCGUCUGAAGACAAGAUUCGCGGCUAUCGUGUCAAAAACGUCGAGUUUCUAAGCGCCUUAGUGGUUCCCGAUUCGGAAAAGUCGGUCGGAGGCGUCGAGAUGUACUUCCGUCUGGGACCGUCACGACGCGAGGGGGACAAUGCUGAUGGCUGGUACGAAUAUGAGGUGCGCUCUCUGGGGGCCAAUGACAUGUGGGUGGAAAACUGUCGUGGUCUCGUCUCGGCCGUGGUCACGGAGCAGCAAGAUAUCGAGGACGCCGUCGCACCGAACGUCGACUCCUUCCUCAAGACACAGGAAUCCAAGGUACGACGAGUGGCCGGUUCGGCACUUCGGGCAGAUGUCGCCAGCAUGGGAGUUCAAUAUGGACCGGCCUUCCAAGGCAUUGCAGACGUGGUGGCGUCCAAACCCCUCAAAAGAGCGGCAGCCGACUUGGACAUCCUCGAGCUGGAGUCUCCGUCAGCGUCGCCAUACUUGGCCUCCUACUACGUUAUCCACCCCACGACGCUGGACUGCAUCAUCCAAGCCACUUACGCAAACUUGCCCCCAGACACGGGCAAGACGUCCAUGGUGCUUCCUAGGUCGCUCCAGGAUGCUUUUGUGCCUCGAUCGCUAAACAGAGGGGGGAGGGAGCGCCUGGCGGUUUUCAGUGAGUUGCGGAGUGCGCAACACAGAGGCUUCACCUCGGACGUAUCCGUCGCGAACUCGCAACAACAACAAGGUGAUAGCCGCCGUGAGACCCCUCUCGUGAUCAAUCAGCUGUUCUGCCAGGCCAUUCCCCGUGAUGAGGCUGAAAGUGGCCUGGAAAGAAUUCCGCUCUAUGAAAGCCGCUGGGUACCGAUAGUGAGCCGCGGUGGCAUCCCCUCGUCUAUGAAAGAAUACAUGCGCACUACACUAGCAGGCGAAGAGCUGGACUACGAGAAAAAGGUGGUCCGCGCAUCCUAUCACCUCAUUGCCGAUGCUGCGGCUGAACUGGAGGAGGGGCAGCCAUCGGGCAGUUGGACAGCACACGGGCACGCCUCGUUUGCAUGGAUGCAGAGCGUGCUGGCUCGUGGUAAGAGCGGGCAACUGAUGCCUGGAAGCAAAGCCUGGGGGCGAGCAAGCAAGGGACUUAAGCAAAAGUUGUUCGACGAGCUCCGGUCCACGGGUGGGACGCACGGGGGUCUCCUUGUUCGCAUUGGUCAGAAACUGGCACAGAUUGUGCGAGGAGAGGUAACGUCUGCCGCCCUCUUAGGGGAGGACAACGAAGAUGAUCUCAUGAGACAGUACAAUAGCGGACUGCCCAGCCUCCAAACUCGCAGCUACAAGCAACUUGCCAGGAUAGCGAAGGUCCUUGCUCUUCAGCAACCAGGAGCGGCUGUUCUCGAGGUUGGUGCGGGCAACGGGGCAGCGGCCGGAGCCCUGUUGGAAGCAUUCGGACAGGGAGGUAAUGGUGGACUGCUCAUUGACCGAUACAUAUUCUCGGACUCCUCAUCAGUGCAUCUCGAGGCAGCCAAGCAGAAGUUGGCCAGGUGGACCAAGGUGCUCGAGUUCCGGGAACUCGAUCUCGGAAAAGAGGGCCCGACGGAGACGUCGCACGACGUAGCAGCCGAACGGAGUAUAGACCUGGUGGUUGCAUCAAUGAACCUACACGCAGUCAACAACAAUCCGAAGACGGCAUUGGAAAACAUACGGAAACUGCUGAAGCCCGGCGGCAAGCUUCUGCUUGUUGUGAAGACGCACGUCAGUCUCGAUGCGCAGCUCAUCUGUAGCAUGCUCCCGGGUUGGGAACAGCAGGAUGAGCAGCCGGAAUUUGUCACGGGGCUAGAAGCGUGGGAUGAGACUCUUCGCGCCAAUGGAUUCACGGGCGUCGAAUUCGACAUUGCUGAUUGCGAGCAGCCGCAAUUCCAGAGAUGGACCGUCAUGUUAACAAGCGUCGCGCCUGAACAAGAAGCGUCCGCCGUGAACCCUAGUAGCCCAUCCAACCCCAGUUUUGUGACAAUCGUUCAUGCGGAGUCCACGCUUUCACCGUCGCAGCAGAAAUGGCUCUCACAGCUAGGCGAGGCCAUUUAUAUGACAACGGGCAUCCGGGUCACCCUGGAGAGCCUCGAAGAGGUACAACCAGGCGAGAGCCAAGUACACAUACUAGCUGCAGAUGUAGUAGCCAAGAAUGGUUGUGUGCUGGAUGAUAUGGACGAGUCCAUGUUCCAUAAGCUCCGUCGAGUGCUUCUGGUGAGUCGGGGAGUUUUGUGGUUGUCCAACGGCGCCGGUCCAGACGCCUCCGCCACACCCGCAUCUUCUCAGGUGCAGGGCCUGCUGCGAACUCUCCGCCAUGAAAAUGUGGACAAAUCCUCCGUCUUGCUGGACUUGCCCACAACCUGGGCGGAAGAAGCGGACGUGGUCAUAAAGCAUGUUGUCGGGGUGUUGCAGCAGACAUUGCUAAACAAAGAGUUUGGCCACGCCGACGCCGACUGGGAGUAUGCGAUUCAGGACUCGGUCGUCCAUGUGCCACGGAUCUUCCCGGCGAUGGGCAGUAAAGAGGAGUCCAAGACCAAGACCUUCCAGCCCUUUCAGGAUCCCCAUCGGCCACUGGUGUGGGAGGAGGGAUUGGAUUCAGGUGAAGGUGGCUUCGUCGAACAGUGGUGUGGUGCUGCCAAUGAGCUCGCUGACGGUGUCGUUGAGAUCGAGACGCGGGCUUUCAGCCUGGAUCCUCGCGUCCAUUAUCAUCACCGCACUGCGACAGAGGCCAACGACGAGGAAGCCACGGUUGUACACGAGGUAGCGGGCAUAGUCACCCGACUUGGGCACAACACGGACGCCAGUGGGUUCCAGCUCGGCGACAAGGUCUGCGGUGUGAUCAAGGGGCCAUACGCAAGCAUAGCACAAGCGAGUUGGACCAGCGUCGCGAAAAUUCCUAAUGGCCUAUCCUUCGAGGAGGCCGCCUGUGCCCCGCUGGCGUAUUCUGGGGCUUAUUACGCCCUUGUGCACGUGGCAAGAUUGAGAAGGGGUGACAAGGUCCUGAUCGUGCAAGCCGAUGGUGGAGCUGAUGGCACGGCGGCAGGUCUGGCCAUUGCAAAUCACGUAGGCGCUGACGUGUGGUUUGCUACCACCGACUUGACGGAGGCCGAGACACACCGUCUCAUGGACACAUACCACCUUGCUUCAAGUCAAAUUCUUAAAAGCCGUUACGCGAGGGAAUUAGGUGAUGCCAUCAAGGGGCAGACUGGCGGCCAGGGCGUAGAUGUGGUUCUCACCGGCCCGACGUCAUUGCUCUCCGCACCUCUGCUGCAGUCUGCUCUGAAUAGCAUCGCGAAUUUUGGUCGCUUUGUCGAAAUCGGUGGCUGGAACAAGAGCCUAGACGUCACCCAGCUUGCUGCAAGAUGCGCUACGUAUGCGCGAGUGGAUAUGAUACAGCUGAGCGACCACAAUGGUCUGCUUAUGAGGGAGUCAUUGGAUGCGGGCCUAGGCAUUAUCUUUCACAACGCCAUGUCUUCCUCGUCGGGGUCUUCCUCACCUCUUACCCCCGUGACAAUGUUCUCGCCCUCGCAGAUGAGUCAAGCUGUGCGGCAUUUGGAACAGCAACGGCAGCGACGCAAGGCGGGCAAGGUGGUCAUUGCGGCCCAGGACGACAGUCCGGUCCAGGUUAUGUCUCCUAUGCGCCGCCCACCUCGCCUUGAUGAUAAGAGAGCCACUUACCUGAUCGUUGGCGGGGUGGACGGUAUUGGCGGAGCCAUUGCAUCUUGGAUGGUGUCCAAAGGCGCCCGGAGUGUGGUCCUCAUUUCCCGCAACGCAGAGAAACACCCUCAGGCGGAGGGACUCAUCGAAGAUGCCGCGCUACGAGGUUGUCGCCUUCAAGUCCUCAACUGUGAUGUAUCGAGUGAGGAGAGUCUUGUCCGACUUCUCCAUCAAGUCUCGGCCACAUCGCCUCCGGUCCGUGGCGUUAUUCACGCUGCCAACGUUCUAGCGGAUACCGUGUUCGAUCGCAUGUCCUUCGCGCAAUGGCGAAAAACCGUGGGGCCCAAGGUCGCCGGCACGAGGAAUUUGCACAAGCACCUACCUCAAGAUCUGUCCUUUUUCGUGCUUCUGUCGUCAGUCAUCGGUGUGAUGGGGCACGUCUCUCAGGCCAACUACGCCGCUGCCAACGCGUUCGAGGACGCCUUGGCCAGCCACCGCGUGGCUCUCGGCCUCCCUGCCGUCAGUCUGGCUCUGCCGGCCGUUUUAGGCGUUGGAAUGGUGGCGUCAGACGAAGAUGCUCGGCAUCGUGUCGAAGCACUUGGCACCGAGUCGAUACAUAUCGACGCUGUAUUUCGCCUUAUCGAAGACGCCAUCCAGCACGACACGCGCCUCCAGCAUAGCCAGCGAUCCAGUCGGUUGUUCCAUCAGUCACCUGGUGAAGCCCGGAGGAUCGUUGGCCUGCUACCGUGGAGCAGUCUGGCGCCUGAGGCUGGCAUUCGUCGCGAUCGGCGUUUCGGCACGUUGCGCCUCGUUCAACCGGCAUCAUCCUCCCAAUCGACACAGACUUCCGAGGCCACCUCACUCGACCCCACCGCGAUUCUCGUCCGCGCACUCGGUCACAGCAGCAUCGACCGAGGCGAGAAAUCAAUGCAAGAAGUGAAGGGCACGGCACAGGUAGCAGAAGCACUGGCCGCGCGGCUGGCGGCGAUUUUCAACGUCGAUGUCGCGAGCGUGGACCCAGAACAGGGCGUUUCUGUUCUCGGCGUCGAUUCUCUCGUUGCCGUCGAAUUGCGCAACUGGCUUGCUUUGGCAGGUCAGGCGAAGCUGUCUAUUUUCGAAGUCCUACAGAGCGCCUCGCUCAAUCAGGUUGCUGAGUUGAUCAUCAGACGAAGUGCUCUGGUGAAGUAA